GAGGUCCACUUCAUUUGCAUUUCGGGCAGGUCUUCUCUUUCUUCUUUUCUGUUGCCACCAACUUUAAACAAGAAGCAGGACGAAAACAUCCUUUACAGACAUGAUUUUGGUAAAGAGGGCGAAAGGGAAGAUCGUAUAAAACAUUUUGGUAUGUCGAUUUUUUCAGAUUGGAUACAAUUAGAUGCUUUUUGCAAAUUAACUAUAUUAUAUGUAUAUAUAACUGUGAGAAAACUGUAAACAAUAGAUGCUUUAUACAGCUAUAACAGCACUUUAAGCUACUUAAAAUAGGAUAGGAUCAAAUACAAAGGUGACUAUAACGCAAAUAUUGAUCUAGACGCUUAUAGACGGUUUAAAUUCCGAAGAGAAGAAUUAGACAAAAUAAACUCAAAAAUUGGUACGAGCUCAGUUUAGCCACUCAUUUACCGGCGUGGCAAACCAACUACGCGACAGACAAGCCACGCGAACGACUUCGUAAACGCUAAAAGCCAUGCAAAGAGAAACCUCUUUUCGCAGGGUACCACUCAUUUUAAGAAUGUAUUAAACGAUGUUAGCUACAAACCUUUUUGCUUUAUUCACUUACAAUUUUACAAGUGUCUUUUUUUUUUUAUUAAAAUCGUUUCAAGUGCUUUUAUGAAAGCACUAUUCUAUAAAAUUUCAUGUGACGGCGCCAAAGAGUUUUUGCACUUAAAAAACGAGAGAUGCCCGUUAGGCUAGUUGGACGUCAGAGCUUGUACCAUGCAGGGUUCGCUAGCCUACACGUCCUGGCGACAAGCCGCUGACCACAGAGCCUAGAUUACAGCGCUUCUGGCUACUUAGCCUGUUUCAGGCGUUUAGAUAGUCAAUUUAACUAGCUCACCACUAACCGCCGCGCUCUAAUAUUUGAAAGCCUUAACCAGGCUAUUGGCUACUUAACAAUUUGGAGAGUCAUUAGAGGUGUUUAUUAUUUUUCCGGCGAAGAAAUAGCCUGCGUAGCAUGGCGGUUUUGUCGGGCGCACUACUGAGCGUUGAAGACGCAAAUGCGCGCUCGCUAACGAGCGUUGCUCCGCCCCAAUCUCCUCGCAGUUUCACUGCCCCCACCUUGGUAUGUUUGCACGCCUGACCAAAACCGCCAUGCUAGGCAGCCUAGCGAAGAAACAGCUGGGUAAUUCCAAUUUUUUUUUACAAAAUGCUUUCUAACUGCAAAACGGUCUACUAGUCGAAUUUUAACAAUUAUUCGUCUAGCCCGAAUGGGCUCUGCGUCAAUAGCCCAUGAGGCCGAAGGCCAAAUGGAGUGCCAUAUGACCCACUUUUCUAUUUAUGUUGCAGUGGAGUCGUGACACCAAAAACAGGUUCAAAACCAAAAUGCUGUGGAACACGCUCACACGAUUAUGCCUCAGAACUGUGUUGCCAAGGAAACAUUUAUCCAAAAGACGGUCUACGGCCAGGCUGCUGCGGAAGUAUUGCAUUUGAUGCUGAAUUCUUCUUGUGUUGCGCUGCAGAUCACAUUUCACCCAAGAGAGGAACAAACCCAAGGUGCUGCGGAACCCAAGGAUAUGAUCCUGCAAUCGAAAGAUGUUGUCCUGGCUAUGUAGUCGUUAAAGGUCUUCAGUGCCCUUGAGCCCUGUUUAUGUAACCAAAAAACGAAUGAUUAUAAAUAUUUGUAAAUUUAAGGGUGGAAGGGUUUUGUAUGUCAAAAUUAAAGGGGUAAUAUUCAGUCGUCGUCCGUUAUUCUGAAGCUUACUACAAUCACGCAUCUUGGGUAUCACAAACUGUCAUUCGGAAUGAGCAUUGAAAUUCAGGAGAAAAAAAGGCUAAAUAAAUGUUAGAAGACAUUUCUUUGAGUUUCUUUCUUCCUGUACGUUGUAGCACUCUUUUCCAAAGACGCUUAUUUCAUAAGCUGACUUUCUACAUUCAGGUUAUAAUUACCUUGUAAUAAAUAUUAAGGCAAAGAAUUUCAUGCUCAGGCUUAAGUCACCAGCAAACUGAAAGAGCGAGUUUCAGUGAUUAUUAACUUGCGUCAGUAAUUCAAUAAAACCCAAGUCACGUCACUUUGGACAUAUAUUAUCCUGCGAAGAUUUUACUGAAUAAAAUAACGUCGCCUUAGACUGUUCCGAAACAUCGUGGAGAAAAGGGCUUACUCUGUAAGGGGCAGCCAUCUUGGAUUCAAAUGCAUGUACCGUGUGUACAUGUAUGCAUUGAGUGGGCCUCCCGUCACAGUGAUCUCAAAAAUCUUUCGGAAGAACAGGAGACAGAAGUUAAACAGUCUAAAAACCGCAUGAGCUUGCUCCGACGAAUGCACCAUUCGAACGUUUACCUAUUUCUUAAUUUUUUUAUGCUUAAAUCUAGGCAAAAAUCUAAUUCCUUUUUAUGAUCAUCAGUUUUCCGAUGUCUUUGGUUUAAUUUAGCCAAAUAUCAGUCGCUCCUUCUGCGUGAUGUUUCCAUCAUGAAUUGUGGACCACCAGCGAUAUUUAUAGUAUUCAGGCUGAAAAAAGCUAGCAUGAAUAGAUGGAAAACAAACCCUUUGUAUAUGAAAAUAAAGCCCUGUUGUUAAGCUCUCCUCAUGCGAAUAAAACUAAAUUAGCAAUUUCGGUGCGGUUUGUUAAUGCUAUUAGAAGAUUCUAUAUCAAUUUCCUCACCGGUUUUAUUACACACGUCGAAUAUACUAAAGGUAGACCUUGCUCAAAAUAACGCUUAUGGCUCUUGUGUAGAAGAAUGGCGUACCAUAGCAUUCCUUUCAAAAUCAGUCAAGUAUUUUGUGGCCAGCACGAAGAUAUACGAACAAUUUCCGUCCAUUUGUGAGUCAUGUUCAAUUAGCGCCUUUUUCGUCAAUGGACUUCACAUGGAGCUAAAUGGAAAAAAAGGGGCAAAAUUUUUGAAAGCGCUUUUAAACACAUUAUGAUGAUAAAUAAGUUUUCUUGUGGACAAGCUUUUAAUUUUCUUUAUGUUUUGGUUUAAAAAGUUACAAAAUUACUGAAAAUGUAAUAUUAUACACGAAAUGCCAGUCAGAUGACAAACAAAUUAUAAAAGAAAAUGAAAAGCUCGGGCUUUGACACAUUUGACUAUUAGCGCGCAAUUACGUAUGGCUCAAAUGCAAUUUCCCGAGGAGAUCAUUCGAAAGCAAAUUCCAAAUAAAAAUCCUGUAAGCAAAGUUAAUAUCCUGCAACGUUGACUUUUGUCUCACAAAUUUACAUUCAACAAUUUUGACGCACACCAAAAGCCUCCUUGGUUUCUUCAGUCUCUUUUUUCCCGGUGACAUUACGGAAUGGCCUAUCUCAGUUUUUUAUGCAUCAAACAUGUUUUGGCGGCUGUAAAAUUUAAUUAUUUCAUUUUUUGUGGAGCUGCAAUUAUUCUAAGCGCGAUGUUUCUUGGUAAGUUUGUUUCAGUAAGUAAAUUCUGCGCUGCAAGGGCAAAGCAGUUUGAAACAUUUUUAACUUAUAUGUAAUGUAACAGUUUAAAGAAUUAUAGAGAACGCAGAAUUGCUUGUUUCCCAGACGUGAAGAACGCGAGCGCAUGCAUAUCAUUUUUAUAACAAAAGCGUCAACUUUUUCGUCGUAUUAUUAUUGUUUAUGUGAAAUAUACUUGCUUAGCUAAAGUAAUGACGUUGAAUCAAAGUAACUAUUUGGAUGAUACCAUAAAAAAUGUCGUAAUAAUGUAUUUUUACUCAAUUUUUCUGAUCGACUCAUUUCUUUCAAUCUGUGAAUUCUCCAGUUUAUAGUUACAGUAAUGUCAAGUGGUUUGGAAAACACAUUUGUCUGAGACGUUUAUAUAGGACUAGAUAUCUAUUUUAAUAACCUGCACAUGUAUUCAGAAAUGUCUUUUAUUCAUCCAUUUUGUAAUAUGUACUUUUAUUUCAUGAUUUUACUACGAGAUAUGUCUUGCUGCGAUGUAGAUUAUAGGUUCAGCUUUUAUGUUUAUUCAUUAUUCCUGUGAAGUAAAAAACAACUUGAAGGCAUCAAUGGAUUUUUUUUUUCACGCAAUUUUUAGCUACUAUGCUACUACUACUGAGGGUCAUGCGUUAUUGUGCAAUUCGAGCCUAAAUUUUAAAGACAGCCAUUAUAUUUCUGCUAUUAAUGCCCUUUUUUUUCAAAAAGGCAAGUUCAACCUUUUACUUAACGCCCACAGGCUAAUUAUAAAAAUAUUAAAAAAAUUGAAAUGCGAAGCGCAGUCGGAGUCUAAGGUUGCGUUCCUUUUAGCCAAACGUUUUUCGGAUUUAGAAAAUCUAGAUUGUUUGGAUUUUCGUGCUAGCCGGAACGAAAAUCUGAAAUAAGAUUGAUCCGUAUACAGUAGCUGCUUUUUGCGCUGAUCUUCUUCUCAAUUCUUCAACAUAUCGUUUCUAAUUUCUUUCCGCUAAAUUAAGCGUUUUCCUAUAGAGAAAUGGAAAGAAAAGUAGCUCUUUAACUACUGGUGGUUCAUACUGGGACUAGUCGACUUAAAAGUAUCUGGAAUUUGAUUCAAGAAAAUUCAGAAGACAAUUACGAAUUCUCAAGUGCUGAGACGCGCGCUCUAAACACACACACACACACACAUUGGACACUAUAGUUUUAUGGUGAGAAAAUCCAAGAGUUUUCGCUCCCUUUACGGAUUUAUAGUUACAGUGGAACUUGAGUUUAAUACACUACAAUCCUUUAGCGGCAUAGAACAACGGAGAAGUAUACAUAACGUUUGCCUGAACUAACCUUGAUCCGCCGUGUUUAUCGAUGAAAGAGUACGUUCUUGCGAUCGAAAAGCAGUUUCAUGAAAUGGAACAAAAAUCUGAAACCAGAUUGAGAUACCAAUCUGAACUAUCGAAGUGGGGAGGUGGAUCAUUCAGAUUGCAAUCUUUGAUUGGUUUAGUCAUUAAUGGAACAAAAAAUCAAAUUUCGGAUCGCAAAAUCCUGAUUUAGAUUGGUCAAAAGGAAUGCAGUCUAAGUGAGAUCUUUGUUUAAAGUCUUAUAUUUUUAAAUGUGAGGCCGUCUUACCAGUCAAUCAGGAUUUAAGGUUUUUGUUUGUUUAUUUUUUGCUUACAUAAUUGUCACUUUUCAUAAAACACAAGACGGUGGUCACCUAAAUAAAUGAAAAUGCAAAGCGAUAUGAAUGUAAAGCAUAACACUGCUGGCACGGCCAUUACGUUUUCCUCAGGUUUAGAAGGAAACGCCAUUGCCUGUAAAAUACAAAAGUAUCAUUUCCACGAAGAACAUCUCACCGUGGAUUCUGUGGAAUUUGCUUCACUAAACUGCUCAAUAGUGCACGGAGCACCAGCAAAUACCAUUUUAUGGAGCAAUGAAAAAUAUUGGCAUCCUGUGCAUUCCGUCUCGGUACCAGGUCUGUGGUCAAGCCUACAGAUACGAAAUGUCACCCAAAAGGAUGCUGGGACAUAUAGAUGCGAGGUGAAGAAGGGCACUGAUAAACAAGUUUGUGAAGUAGUUCUUUGUAAGUUAGUUUUGGUUUUAAGAGCUGAUAGACCCGCUUUACGUAAGAAAAGUGUUCUUCUUAGAUACCGUAUAUCAUGUAACUUGAAUGAUCUCUAAUUCAGCUGAUAUAAAUAAAAAAAGUAAACAUGCUAGCAGACAAUAUAAAAACCUCUCCCCCGUACUGAACUGACGAAGGAGAAUUUGUCUUCUGUAUAGACUAUAGAUGCCAACUUUUCUUGACCUAAUCAAACCAAAUUUUAGGCAUCAUACACUCGUUACUCCAUUAAUUUAAAUUCACUUCACACAGGCCUUCAUACUUAAGCUAAAAUUACGUUCUUUCUGUUACGAUGUUCCAUGAAGGUUUUUUUCUCUUUCCAGACAUCGUGGGCUAAUAAUUGUUCAAUAGCUAUAGGAGAAAAUUUAACGUACACGAGGUUUCGAAUCCCAGGAUAGGAAACGUAUUUAGCAUACAAAAGCUUUCGAUUUCAUCACGGAAUCUUUUGCAAGUGGUGGAGUUGGACGUUUUGUCACGUGAUUUGUACUUCACUUGAAAAAGACUCCUAGUAAAACAUUCCGUGAUGAAGUCGAAAGCUUGGGUUUCCUAUCCUGGGAUUCGAUACUUCCUUCAUUUACUUAAAAAAUCAUUAUGACGGGGUUCGGUAGUAUAGGUGAAUAAUCCGGAGAGGUUAAUUCUUUUGGAAAUGUUAUAAUGUAAUUCCAUCAAAAGGAUUGUUAUGGAUUUCUUUCUUUCUCUUACCCUUAAAAAGGCCGUCCAAAAAUUUCUAGAACGCCAGGUUACUUCACCACAACACCUCAGCUAAUUGCAGAAGGAACUACCAAAUACGUCUUCCACUGCUAUGCCUCUGGUUGGCCAAAGCCUUCAUUCACAUGGCUGAAAAACGGGACAGAAAUUAAAGACGGUGAUGUGGACAAGUCAUAUGUACUGAUAAAAAGGCCUGGUGGCCUUGAAUUAAAUAUUCUUUCUGUGACGAAAGAAGACCACCAAGGUCAUUACAGCUGUGUGGCGAGAAACAUUUUCGGAAAGCGACGAUAUGGCAUUCUUCUUAAGGUUAAAAGUUAGUAUCCAAGACUAAACAGUUUUUUUAAGGCGCUUAAGACUGACAAUCGUUUGAUGAUCAUUACAAAAGAACCCCUCUAACCUUCUAGCUCUUUGUUCCGGCGCAAGUCUCAGUUUCUUUGUUGAUAUACGAAAACUGUAAUCAUCAUUUUCAGGGUUGCUUCGUCAGCAUCAUAUUUCACAAUUUGUCACGUGUUUAAAAAUCUGUAAAUUUUUUUUUUUUUACCUUAAAAAACCAUUAACCUGAUGUUCAUAAUUUUAAACUUUUUAAAGACAAGUACAGUGUUUACCGCGUGGUAACUGAUAAUUCAGUACCUCUCAGGAAUUUAAUUAACAACAUUCGCUGGCUAUCCGUACUGUAUCAUUUCGACUAAACCCGUAAAUCAGUGUUAAAAGUAGGUGAAAGGAAAGUUAUUUGUUUUGUCAAAAGUAAGCUUAGGUACAGUGUAGAUGCAAUAAGGGCAAGUUAAGUCUAUCUGAUCAUCGCUUUGCUUGGCAACGACAGGCAAAGAUUGUAAAACUUCAUCUGUCCUUAAAGAACGUUUCGACUUCUCAUUAACUACUUUUCAGAACAAGUUCCACUGCGACCACUUGCCCACGCACAUGUCAAUAAGGUCUCCAAAUACACUGGCGAGCCAGCCCUCCUGACAUGCGUGGGACUAUUUACUACAGAAGUAACUACAGUUAUCUCAUGGGAUUUCAAUGGGUCACAACUGAACCUGGACACAGACGAACAUUACAAAUUGGACUAUGUAUAUUAUGAGGAGGAUUUGACGCCCAAAGUAAAUUUUUCCCUUCUGAUAAAGAAAGUAACUGAACGAGAUACGGGGAAGUAUCGCUGCAGAGUUAUUACACCUGGAUGGACUGCUUCUGACAUGAUUUUCCUAAGCCUUGUGAAACCGCGUAAGUACACAGAUCAUGCUUCAAACACUUUGGCAAGGAGGGAUGGGGUGGAGACAGGGGGAUCAAAACUACGAACCCCCUUCCGUACCUUGCGUCUCCAGACCCCGCCCUUUAUUUCUUGUCUUCCUGCUAUUUAGCCUGUAAGCAACCUCUCCGCCGACAGAUCUCUCUUCACCCCGCCGCCAGAGAGCCCUGGAGAGCUUGCUCGUAGGCUAUCCUCCCUUCAACUUUUUUGUCGAUUGCGAAAUCUCAUGCAUUGUUGGAUAAUUUCCCCUUAUUUCUCCCGCUUCCCAUCCCUUUCAAACUCCCACCUCCCGCCUUCCCAGGCUCCAAUCCCCUGUCGUCUUCCUCACUUUGCCAUUCUGAAAAUGUUAAUGCAAAUAUUAAGGCAUCUCUGAGCCGUUAGCAGUCGACACUGCCCACCAAAUCAAUGUAAAGAAACACAAACAACCAAACAAAACAGGAAAUUAUGCCCGGUUUAAAGUUGUUUUUUUACUUACCCAGAUAUAUUUUAAAGCUAAAUUUCCUCAAGCUUUUUGUCAUUUUUUAUCACAGCAGAUUUUUCACAUCGGCGAAGGAACGGUAACAUUUCAUUAAUAGAAAAUCUGCUGGUGAGUGUAGCGGUUUUUUUGGUUCUAGGAACAGCCAUAAUCGUUCACAGAGUGAGGACUAAAAGAAAAAGAGAUCGAAAACGUAAGAUUUAUUUUUAUCUUGUUGUUGUUAUUAAUCCUAAACAGUGAUCUCGAAUUCUUUUGAUCUAGGAUUUAUCAAAGAAAAUAAUAGAAAAUCGACCAUCAACUAUUUUCAAAAGCAGAACAAAAUGUAGCCUGCGAACCGCAGACGUAUUUCCGGUCGUCGCUUCUCUCCCCACGAAAAUUAAUUUUCGGAGGGAGAGAAGCGACGACCGGAAAUACGUCUGCGGUUCGCAGGCUAAACAAAAUGCAGACAGAUGUAAGGAUUUAUACCAAGAAUUCACUGUGUCCUUCACCUUUCGAUAAAAUUGUUGUGAUACCCGAUGAAUAAAGAACAACCAAAAUGAGUGACAUCAUUUUUCGAGGUAUUUAGCUUUUGGUAUUGUUUGUUUACGUUCUUUUUAUCAAUUUUCUUAAUUAGUCAUUUAUUUUUGUGUUUUAGCUCACUUGGAGACAGAUGACUUUCAAUAUGACGUCUUCGUCAGUUUCAGCACCCUCGACUAUCCCUGGGUACGAGACAGCCUCACUCCAAUGCUGGAAAGAAAGCAAAUCAACUACUGCAUUCACAGCCGGGACUUUGUAGUCGGGAAAGCAAUCAUUGAAAACAUGGCGGACAGCGUGUAUAAUAGCAGGAAGGUAUUGGCUGUUAUUUCACAAAACUACCUGGCCAGUCAUUUCUGCCGUGAAGAACUGGAAAUAGCUUUGUACCGCUGUACAAAAAUGGCAGACUCUUCUCUUUUGCUGAUCCGUGUUGAUGACGUCGACAAGAAAAACUUACCCAAGACAUUGCGAAGACGAACAUUUUUGGAUUACUCCAGCGCCAUGGAAAGGAGUGAAUGGGAGCAGAGAUUGUUGAAGCACAUUCAGGUUGAUGAGAGUGAUGCAAAGAUUGAUACAAGAAAAUCCAGUGACAAAUGUCAACUCAUAUAA